UCUCUAUGGUGGUUGGCGGAGAGCGGCCGUGGCGCGGUGCAUGCUGGGAAGGAGGCGGACUCCUUCGCCGCUUCUCUGCCUUUGCCGCCGCCGCCGCCUUUGAGGAAAAGGAGGAGGAGGAGGAUGCCGAAUUUCUGUGCCGCCCCGAACUGCACCCGCAAGAGUACCUCGGCCGACCUGGCCUUCUUCCGCUUCCCCAGGGACCCCGCCCGGUCAGUCGCCCCGGGACCCAGCAGGAGGAGGGGAGAGGGAGAGAGGCGGGUUCACACGUUACGCGCGGGCAGAUGCGGGUUUGGCAGAUGUCAGCGGUGGGUUGAGAACUGCCGAAGGGCUGAUCUGGAAGAUAAGACACCUGACCAACUCAACAAGCAUUACAGACUCUGCGCAAAACACUUUGAAACGUCAAUGAUAUGCAGAACUAGCCCCUACAGGACAGUUUUACGAGACAACGCUGUGCCAACAAUAUUUGACCUCACAAGUCAUUUGAACAAUCCACGCAGCAGGCACAGAAAAAGGAUUAAAGAGCUGAGUGAAGAAGAAAUAAGAUCAUUAAACCAGCCAAAAAUGCCUCUUUUUCUAGGUGGUGAAGCUUUUGAACAAGAAAAGAUGAGUCAAGAGUCUGUUGACAAUGAUAUCCCAAACCCAGCCUCUGUGGAAGGAGGAGAUGAGCCCUCUGAAGAUAGCAUCCCUUUAACGCAAGAGGAGAGGGAAAACAAAGACUACCUUAAAUCUUUAUUUGAAAUUUUAAUCCUCUUGGGGAAACAAAACAUUCCUUUGGAUGGCCACAAUGCUGACUCACUCCCAGAAGGCAUCUUCACUCCAGACAACUUCCAGGCCCUCUUGGAAUUCAGAAUAAACUCUGGAGAUGAAGUCCUGAGGAAGCGCUUUGAGACCACAGCUGUGAACCUGGCUUAUUGUUCCAAGAUGCAGCAAAAGCAAAUGCUGGAGAUCUGUGAAAACUGUGUGCGAGAUGAGACCCUCCGGGAAGUCAGGGACUCUCACUUCUUUUCCAUUGUCACAGAUGAGCUGGUGGACCUAGCUGGUGAGGAGCAUUUGCCAAUACUGGUGAGGUUUGUCGAUUAUUGUCACAACCUGAGGGAGGAAUUCAUCGGGUUCCUACCUUAUGAGGCAGAUCCUGAAAUCUUAGCUGUUAAGUUCCAUACAACAAUUACUGAAAAAUGGGGACUGAACAUGGAAUAUUGCCGAGGCCAAGCCUAUAUUGUCUCCAGUGGUUUUGCUUCCAAAAUGAAGACUGUGGCUACAAGGAUCUUAGAAAAAUAUCCACAAGCUGUAUAUACGCUGUCUGCCUCUUGCGCCUUGAACAUAUGGUUAGCCAAAUCAGUUCCAGUUUUGCGUAUCUCUGUGGCACUUGGAACAAUUGAGGAGGUUUGCUCGUUCUUUCACCAGUCACCCCAGUUGCUCACAGGCUUGGACAACGUUAUCACUCUUCUCUUUCAGAACAGUGAGGAGAAGGGGAAUGAACUGAAGGGCAUUGUCCGUUCCAGUUGGACAGGCCGACAUGAUACCUUUGAGAUUGUGGUAGACCUCCUGCAGGCCUUCGUACUGUGCCUGGACAGCAUAAAUGACACUUCUAUCCGGUGGAACAGCUCUGUUGCCGGCCGAGCAUAUAUACUUUCCACUGCAUUAGCAGACUUUGAUUUUGUUGUAACUGUUGUGAUUAUCAAGAACAUCCUCUCUUUCACAAGAGCCUUUGGUAAGAACCUCCAGGGCCAAACAUCAGAUGUCUUCUUUGCAGCCAGCAGUUUGACAGCAGUGUUGCAUUCCUUGAAUGAGGUGAUGGAGAAUAUUGAGGUAUAUCAUGAAUUCUGGUUUGAGGAAGCCACCAACUUGGCCAUGAAGCUGGACCUAUCUGUUAAGCUUCCUGGGAAAUUUUGCCGAGCCCAACAAGGGAGCUUGGAUUCUGAAAUGACCCCAGAAAACUACUACAAAGAAACACUUAGCAUUCCAACUGUAGAGCACAUCAUUCAAGAACUGAAAGAUAUAUUUUCAGAGCAGCACCUAAGAGCACUGAAGUGUUUGUCUUUAGUGCCCUCUGUCAUGGGGCAGCUCAAAUUUAAUACGUCAGAGGAACAUCAUGCUGAUAUGUACAAAAAUGACCUCACCAACCCAGACACAUUGUCUGCAGAACUUCACUGCUGGAGAAUCAAGUGGAAACACAGAGGGAAGGAUAUAGAACUGCCCACCACCAUUUAUGAGACGCUUCAUUUGCCUGACAUUAAGUUCUUCCCUAAUGUGUACUCGUUGCUUAAAGUUCUCUGCAUCCUGCCAAUAAUGAAAGUGGAGAAUGAAAAAUUUGAAAUUGGCCGAAGACGCCUGAAGGCCUACUUGAAGAACACAUUGACUGAACAGAGAUCGGGUAACCUAGCCUUGCUUAACAUAAACUUUGAUAAUAAGCAUGACUUGGAUUUAAUGGUUGACACCUACAUCAAACUGUAUCCAGACAAAGCAGACUAUCCAGAAGAAUUCCUUCCAUCAUCAGAAGGAACAGAAGAGACUUAACGGAAUUACAGGGAAAGAUGACUCAAGCUCUUGGUUCUAUUUUUGGAUACUUGUUUCCAUUUUUUGGGGAGAGCAGGUGGUCAAACCUGAGAGAAUUAAUGAAUCACUGCAAGCAUCCUUCCAUUUAAGGUGUGUCUCUUUGAACAAGCCAUGAGACACUGACCCUCAGCUUAGCGUUUUAAAAAAGGUUGAUCUGUUCAGAUGUAAUAUCUGGAGUUGUAAAGACCUGGCUACCAUAUUGACACAGUUGAUGUGACUGUUCACUCUCUCCCUUGGUCCCAUUACUUAGCAUAAUAAUUUUAUGUUGUUACUUUGAGAAGACACACUUUGCGGUAACUGCAGAUCCUCUCACUCAAGUAACUAACAGGACAUGGUUUUUUUUUAAAAAAGAAAAAGAAAAUCAUUACUUUGACAUUUUUUGAUUAUCCAUUCUUAUUUUCCCUGUAACAGUGCUGUAAAUGGCCUGGGUUCCAGUGAACUAUUGGGAUAGUUUAAAUCAAGUGAGCAAAGUAUAGCCUGUGGUUCACACGCAGCCCCACAGGGUCAUUUUAUGGCCCCUAGUGCCUCCUGGGGCACAUUUUUUACUCAUACGCCCCCAGAUGUCCUGUAAGAGGUGUGGGGGUCAUUUUCACUACAUUUUAAACUCAUCUCCCCAGCCAUUUUGUACCCAGAAAAGCCCUUUAAAAAAGCAAGUCACAUAAUGUUUUGAAAAAAGGCUUCUCCUAGGCCUAAAUUGGCUGGAGAGGGGCUACAAAUAUGGUGAAAAUCCACCCACAGUCCCUGAAGAGCAUUGGGAAGCAUCUGGUGGCCUGCCUUGUAACCUGCCUUGAAUCCCAUUGUGGGGGAAAAGUGGGUUAUAAAUCCUUUAAAUAAAUAAAUAAAUACAUUUUUUUGACUGGGGUUGGAGGAACGUGGUCCUUUAAGGUCUCCUAAGGGGCUAGUGUAUUCCCUAGGCUCCCACAGUUGUCCACCCCAGUUUAGAGUUUGGUCUAAUCUGUGUACUGGAUGGGACUGUUGUCAACAUCUGGAACCCAUCACAGGCCUGGAAUUAGGUUUCACAGAGAGCUCUGGGACAGCCCCAAGUCUGUAUAUAAGAAUUUCGACAAAAGUCACCUCCCAAACAAGCACACCCCUUUUCUCUUUUCAAAAGAUUCUUCUUGGCUCCACCAAGGGAAUUUGUCCUUCAGUAUGGAGGCGAGUUUUCAUAAGUGUUCAUGAACCAGUGGCUCCUGUUCUUUGUCCAUUGGAUCCCCUGUACAGUGGCCAUUUUUGAACUCCUGCUUUUAUGAGUGGGUGACAACUUUCAGAAAUUAAGCUAUCUUUUAAAAUAAAUAAAUAAAUAAAGGAAAUAUAAGAGUAAUAUGCAGGAAGCAUCCAGAACUCUGUUCAACUAUAGACCUGUAUGUACAUUUUUACUAGCUUCCUUCUUGCCUUGAGGAUAGGAAUUACGAACAUAAAUGACAGAAGAAGUGGAAAUAAGAGGUUGUAGGGGUUUUUGUUUUGUUUAUUUUAGGUUUUCUAUGUAGACAUUGUAUGGAGAUUUUUUUUUCUGCUGGUAUUUUUAAGGCUACAAAGGAAACAUUUUUGUAUAGUUUUAUUUCCAUGCGCAAUAAAAUGUGAAUUUCCUAUUUUCAGUAUUAUCUGUUAGCUGUGGCUGUAGAGCAGCCUCUGUGUGUAGGUGUCCCUGGAACCAUAGGGCUCUGUAAGAGGUCACAAGGGGUUCCACAAGAGAUUGUGAAUGGAAAACAUAAUAAACGUUUUUUGAGCUGUA